GCUGAGUAUCAAUCCUACCACAAACCCUUGCAAACGUUUCUCUUAUGGUAUCAGAGCGGUCGUUCUAAAGGGACACCACAAUGUCAGGCAACACCAAUCCGCAAUCGUCGAGCAGCGAAGCAUGAAUCAAAGAUCCACAAAAUAUGCAGUUUGGAUAGUUUGGAGGAGAAGGAAACGCGACACAGUCCAACAAUGAGGUCGUCAUGUUUGGUAACCCCUUAUACCAGAACCCAAACGAGAAUCUGAGCUAACCCAUCAUUUCUGAGCUGAUGGAUGGGAGUAAUUAUAGUAUGUGAAGUAGAUAUGUGAUGAAUGUGCUGAAAACAAAACAUAAAAUGGGAUUUGUGGAUGGAACUCUACCCAGACCAGUAGUUACAUAUCCACAAUUUCGUUUGUGGGAUGGAUGCAACACAGUUGUACUUACAUGGAUUUUGAAUUCAGUAAACAAGGAUAUUAGACGUUCAGUUAUAAGACAUGAUAAUGCUAAGGUGUUGUGGGAUGAGCUCAAACGAUGAUUUGGGCUACUGAAUGCUAAUAGGCUUAUCAACUUGGAAGAUGAGAUUCACAAGUGUAAACAGGGAACCCUCAGUAUCACUCAAUAUUACACUCAGAUCAAAGGUUUAUGGGAUGAAUAUACUGAGUACAAUCCUAUUGUAGCAUGUAAUUGUCUUCCGGGAAACACAAACCCUUGCACAGCAGUAGAGGCUUUUGAAAGGAAGCAAGAAACGAAUUACUUGAUUCGUUUUCUCAAAGGGUUGAACCCAGACUUUGAGAUUAUCAAGAACAGAUGCUGAUGUUGAAACCACUGCCAACAGUUACUAUUGUAGUUGACGAUCUGUUACAGUAUGAAUAGGAGCUCAAAGCUUAUGGAGGAACCAAAAAGGGGCAGUUAGUAGCCUUGGCAGUUGGAGGAGAAGGAACACGAGACAAUGAGGCAUCAUAUCAGGGACAAGGAAAGAAGUUUUAUCGAUUCUGUAAGCGAACCAAUCAUUAUAUUGAAGAAUGCUGGAGAUGCAAAAAGAAGAAGGAAGCUGCAGAAAAGGAAGGCAAAGGACAGCAUGGACAACAAAGGUUUGUUGGUACUGUCUCUCAGGGAAGUUCAAGUGGGAGUGAGAAUCAAACUGAAGCAAGCUAUAACAGUGAUGCUAGCACUGUAAGUCGAUCUACUCUUGGCUUUACACCUGAGAAAAUUACCAGAUUAAGGUAUAUGUUGCAGGCUGGUACUAAUAUAUCACUGUUGGGGGUGUUACUAAAUACUUCACGCGCGGACUAAAUAAGGGGCGCUCAAUCGGUAACGUGCUCCGGACGAACACCACUACGAAGUAUUUAAAAGCAUGAAACUCCCCAUUGAAGGGGACCUUUUCUCUCUCUUCUGACUUUCCUCUUUCUAUUAUCUCCCUACACUUUAUCUCUCUAUCGAUUCUCUCGACUCUCUCCACAGAUGGACACUGACUUGCUCGUCGGAGCUUAAUCCGGGGGGCAACCCCGGCUCUUUCACAGGUUCUCUCCCUCCCGACGAGAUCGGACGAACGGAUCGUGAGUCAACCCCGCACCAACAAAUAUCAUAGUUCGUGUCCUGAGCUAGUUGGUACAAACAAUCACCUUCCAUGCCAAAUUCCUCACCUUCACCUCCCAAUUCCCCUUCUAUCUGACACCAACCUGUCUCUAUGUCUCAAUAUUUACCACCCUUUCCCAACUUUGCAGGUAAAUAUGUUCUUUCCUCUCUAUCAAACAUAGACAGUAACCACUUAGUCAAUUUCUGGAUCCUAGAUACAGGUGCAUUUGAUCAUAUAACUUUCUCUCUAGCUUUAUUCAUUCACUAGCUAUAAGCGAGUCCAAGACACGUUUGUGCACUUACACUACAAAAAGGCAGACAAUUGUGACGAAAACUUACUGACGACUCAGAAAUUGCGUCGAAAAAGAUGCAUAAUUCUGACGACCAAUAGUUUUCGUCAGUACUAAAUGCAUCAUUACUGCUGCCAGAGUUGAUUUUUCGUCAUUAAUAUGUAUUUUGUGCCAAUUUCAAUUUCCCACAUUCAUUAUUUUUUACGAUUUCGCUUUCCGCGUUAGAAAUACUCAAUAUUACUGACCAAUUAUAAAUUUUCAUCAGAAAAAUGAUUAUUAUUGACGACCUAGAAACGAUUGUGAAAAAAAUAUUACUUUUGACGCCAUAAAUUGUUCGUCAACACUAAUUGGUCAGGAAAAAUUAUUUUUGACACUAUUAAAAGUUCGUAAGUACUAUUUGGCCAGGAAGAAAAUAUUUUUUAAUGCCAAAACUCGUUCGUCAGUACUGUUUGGUAAAAAAAAAUCAUUUUUGACACCAUAGAAAGUUUGACAGCGCUAAUUGGUCAGAAAAGAUUAUUUUUUUACACAAUUAAAAGUUCGCAAGUACUAUUUGGUUAGUGAAAAAACAUUUUUUAUGCCAAAACCAGUUCGUCGAUACUGUUUGCUCAGGAAAAAAUAAUUUUUUACGCCAUAAACAGUUCGUCAGUAUUGUUUGUGAUGGAUCAAAAAGGUAUCGAAAAUAUAGGUCAAUACGGACUAUAUAACAUAGUCAUCAGUAAAUUGUUGUCAGAAAAAAUUUAAAUGAUUGGGAGGCAGUUACCAAAAUCGGAUAUUUAUAAAUAUAUCCCAAUCCAAAAGCAUGGUUAUUGCAUCGAUAAAAAAACACAUAUUAUUUAAGUAAUUAUAAUAAACAUUGCUUUAUAAAAAAUAGAAAUUAGGUAAACUAUAUCGCGAUCUAUAAACAAGACCAAAUUAGUGCUAAUCUUCAAAUCCUGCUCUGGUCCAGUUUAUGAGAUCAUCUCCCUCAUUUUGGAGAGUCACAUGAUCAUCAAUUAAAAUAUUGUCUUCUUGAUAGGCUUCUUCUAAUGCCCCUUCUCCAGAAGACAUCGGGAGCAGAUUAGGUCAGUAAACUUAUGGUGAGUAAUCAUGAGUGACCCGUCUACAUUAGCAUGACAUCAACAUCCCUCUCUCAUGGAAAACUUUUUAAGUCGAAUUUUAAAUUUUUUUUGCACAGAUAAAUCAGAUUAAUUGUG